GUUGCCAUGGAAACCAAUGUCGUCCACCAGGCUGUGUUUUGCAUUAGUUGUUGUACUGUGACUGCACUGAGGAUCAGACAAUGGCUGAGGAAGGGCUAGCAGAAAUGGAUAAAAUCAAAUCUUCAGUGACCAUCCAGAAAGUGACAAACAUCAUAAAGAAUAAGCACACUAGUGAGAUGAUCGAGAGACAUGUGAAGGCUCUGAAAAAAAUAUCGCAGAACAACAAGACUGGAUUUCUUCUCCGUGAGCUCUACAACUUAUGCCAACUUUUCUCGACAUGCUCAGAGCGAUUGCACAGAACUCCAGAAUACAUUGAGCCCCUCUGCCAACUGGUGGAGCUUUGCAGCCUUCCAUUCCUAAAAGAAAAGAUGUCUGAUGAGAACACAUACGCACCUCAGGUCAUAGAGACACUGUCCUGGUUGGGAAGGCUGGCCAAGGGCAAGAGUGACACAUUAAGAGGCCGAGUGGCUAAGGCUGUGGCAGCGUUCUAUUCAGAGCAACCCAAUCACGCUCUAAAACAAGGCCUUCAAAUGACUAAGCUGACCUUCAAUGCUGCUCUAGUGGAGAGGAGCGGAGUGGCCACAAGUCUAGUAGAGGCUGUCCCGUUGUGUGCUGAUUAUCGUGUGAGACUGGACAUGUUACGUACACUCCAGUUGCUCUCAUCCACACCCACCAACUCCAAUCACAUACUGAGUGUGGGUGGGGCUCAGAUAGUGUGCGACACCCUCUCCCUUCACGACCCUGACCACCAAUUACUAUUCACUUCCGUUGAAAUACUGUGGAACUUGCUAGAGAACGGCUCACAACUGCAGGUGGCGUCUCAGUUGAGCAGCAUUGACUGUAUCAGCAUUCUGAAGGGUGUGUUCUGUGAGCUUAUGGUGGAGAGUGACAAGGGACUGCAGAACAGACAGCUCAGGAAUGAUAUGCUCAUGAUAUGCUCCAGAAUCGCACAGCUCUGCCCUGAUGCUCCCUUUGUGGAGACUGGCUUUCUGAAGGAGCUCUGUUAUUUUGCCUCAUUUUCUGAUGAAUCCAGUGGUCAUCACCCCUCCUCCCCCUUACGUUUCACACGGGAUCACGAGGAUUUUGAGCUCAAGAAGGCGCUCAUUUGCCUCCUAACCUCCCUGGCCUCUAACGGAGGGCCAGCUCUCAGAGUAUUGUCUAAAGAGAAAACACUUCGAUCCCUACUGUCCUACGUGGGGCCUAAUGAGAGUAAUUCGCAAUGGAACCCUGCACAGUUUGAAGAGCUUCAACUGCUGGUACUGUCUAGUCUGGCCACCCUGGCCCCUCAGUGUGUGGAGGACUAUAUGCUCUGUCAGGGAAACACCAGGAUACUCUUGUUGAUAGAGUGGUGCACUCAAGAACACGGAACAUUCAAAGGGCACGGCAAUAGUUUCCAUGGUGAUAGUGGUCGUGGCAAUCGUCUCUCUCAGCUGAGGUACUCGCUACGUCUCCUACUGAGCAUGUGCAGUGGAGGGGAUGAAAUGAUCACACGUGACCUCCACGAACAAGGGGUCAUCCCACUACUGAUUAGCAUCCUCAAGCGACUGUUUGAGUCUGACCAGAGCAACCUUCCCGUACUCCUCGAGAUGCAGGCAGACAUUCUCCUCAUCACAUCCUCCGUCUGUGAGGUAGACAUGCACAGAAAGGAGUUGUUUGGUGGCUAUGGUGGAGUUGCACUGGUGAUAAACUAUCUGAAGAGGGAUAUAGGUAACUUUGGCUCUGGGCUGGGUCACCAUCGCCUCCUCUUGGCUGCCACUGACUGUGUGUGGUGUGCUGUGGUGGGCAACCCCAUGGUGGAGGACAUCUUCCUGGAGAGUGAGGGAAUAUUUGUACUGCUGGACAUUCUACAGGUGUGUCCAGUCAACAUGCAGAGCCUAGUGCUUGGAGUACUGGUGGAUCUGUGUGAGAACCCUAAGGCCAUAGCUCAUGUUGUCUCGUGGCGAGGGUCUGGUGACAAGGCAGUGUGGUCAUUACUGGCUGAGCUCUGGAGGAGGGAGGAGGGAGAUAUGGAGGUACCCAGGGGAACCAUCGGCACUCUAGCAGGCACAUCCCAGCCUCUGAUGGGUGUUGAGCAGAGCACGUGUGGAGUGGCCCCCCUCCCCACACUCACACCAUCACCUGCCAUCACUGACAUUACUGAGAAUAUGAGGGCCAAGAUCUACGCCCUUUGCUGCAAGAUGGGGUUCCAGUAUACAAUGGAGGGGUUGCCCACUGAAGACAGAGUUACACUGUGUAUCGUUGAGAGCUAUCUCGACUUCAAGUCUGGUGAGGUGUGGUAUGAGGUGGCUGGGGAGCUGGCUCAGGAGGGACUGAGACCAGUCACCCCAGACCAGGAGUGCCUCACCAACAUCCUCCAGACACAUGAGGAGAAGGCAGAGGAGACACUCAGAAUACAGGGUGAGCUCAUCGAUGAGCAGAAGAAGUGUGAUGAGGAUGAUGAACAUCAGUUCUAUGUUAAGAUCAACCAGUCACAUCAGGGUGAGGAGAAAGCUAAGAGGGACUUCACUGAUUUUUUACAGCGGACCUCUAACUACAAAUCAUUACAAGAGGCAAAGCAGAAACAGAUCAGUGCUCUUGAUUCAUCUGGCAGGAGCAAUGUGGCUAUAGGGAAUCAGUUUCACAGUCUGGAUCAACCAGGGCUCAAUGUCACUACAUUCUGUGGCCGUCAUGUUUCCAUUGCAACAACUCCAAUGAAGCUGCUGACUGAGAACAUUGUCCCCACCUCUCCUCGUCAUGUGACUGAGCACACGGCUCAUAUGUCAUGAUGAUUGGAGAACUAACUCAUUUUUAACCACCAUGGACUCAAUUUUAUUAUCUGUUUCUGUCGUAUGCAUGUAUUUAUUGUGUGAAUAAUAUAAAAUAUGACAACAUUA